UUCAAGUAUCAAUGUUCGCCACGAAGUGUGGGCAAACAGGAGACGAAAGGAAAGCUCGCUUGAAAACGCGUUGCUGAUUCACGCUCGAGGAGCCCCAUUUGAUCUAAAGAUGGCAGUUUGCACGAAAACAUGGCGAUACUACGUCAUUCCUCUCCUCGGGUGCUUCAUUGGUGGGCUUGCUUCCAAUCUCCAGGGGGCUUUCGACCAAAUCGUGAGCCAUCACGCGAAAGAUCUGAGGGCUCUCAAUCGUACGCUCGACAGCUUGACCAAUAUUGCAGAGAACCUGUUCAACGAACCAGAGAACCCGAAGUACCGGAAGAUACGACUUCUCAACAAGGUCGUCUGGGAGAGGGUCGGUAGCGUCGAUGGGGGCAUCUCCUUCAUGUCGGCCUUGGGCUUCGAUUUAAAUCCAGGUACCGGCGACGGGCCAUGUUUUCAGGCCCGCACAGGUGCCCCCAUUGAGACCGACGUGAGGGAGGCGCUAGAUUUGCUAUCAGCGCGACGUCUCCACAAGAGCGAACGCGGGAAGCCAGCCGCGGAAGCUGAACCUCGUGAAGCAUCUGGUGAGUACCAGUACGGACGACACCCGCAGGUUUGCGGACAAAGCCAUGCAUGUUUCAACCCCUUCACGACCGCCUUUUCUCGGAAAUCGCGCACGCGCUUGCAAGAGCGAGCAGAGCAAGGGUUGGCGCAUCUUUCUGAAAGCCAGGCGAAGCGGCAGCAACGCUUCUCAACACUUGAAGAACGGCAGGUAACUAUUUUGUUGCCUCAACAGCAGCACCAGGCGUCUGCAGAAACGGAGGAGCAGGAGAGAGAUGGAGAACAGGGGGAGGCAGAUGCAGAACAGCGUGAACUUGAGCUUGUGGCGCAGCUGUGGAGAGAAAGGAUGGGCAACGACGAGGUGGAGCGGUUCGAAACCAGGGCAGCGAAAAAGCUCAGAUUGUUGCGCACUGCCAAAUCAUAUCCCUACGUUCUUUGCCGGAUACGCCUACCUGGAGGAGUGUAUUUGCAGGCCCGCUUCAAUUCCAAGGAAAGUUUGGAGACCAUUUAUCAGGUUUUUGGACAAGUCCUUUCCAUAGAAGCUGGAGUUGAUGGACAGUUGUGCCAAAACUUCGAGCUCUUCAUGGCGCCACCAACCCGAGUGUUGCCUCAAGAUAGCACCCAAAGCCUCGAAGACUCCAACAUUUUAGCUCCAGCGUGCGUCCUGCACCUCCGAUGGAAGAGCGGAGAAGCCGGACUACAAACCUGGGCGCAUAACUUUGAAGAAAGGUUGUCGCGGGCUACGAUGGAUGGCUCAGCGCUCCCCAGGGUGCCGUACUCGUCCAGGUUCGACGUGCCUGAAGCCAUUUCUUCAAGGCGACCCCAAGAGCUUCCUCCUGCUGAAGAAGGUGCUGAUAAUGAUAGGUCAGAAUCGGAAUCGGCUGAGGAGGCGCCAGAGCAGUAGUGAAGUUGCAUUUCGUAGAUAAUUUGUUUUGAAGUGCUACCCGCCGAAGGUUUUGCCAUGGUAAUUGUAACAGCACUUACGAGUCUACCACUCAAUGAUGUCGUUUCUAGUUUGAGCGCAGUCUCAGUUGCACAGGUCGUGGUUGUGGCAUACCUACAGGUAGCAGUACCGUCACCGUUUUGUUCCACUCUCGGGCAUCAUGUUUUUGGGAACAACUAUCGAAAUUGUUGUAUCCUCGUUCUUCACUGCAGGUCAAAAUGAAUGGUGUACUUUUGUGUCGAAUGUCUGCCAAUCGAUCCUUUUUACAUCAGUAUAACUCGAAACGUCUGCGGCUAGUCCCGCCGGGAUAUGUAGGCAAUGGCUCUCAGGGCCCCAUAGCAACACUUGUGUGGCCGCGCGGCCAGCAGAGAAGAAAACUUGUUGCUCUGGGGUUUGAUAUCUCACCGGUCGCCCCUGUGGUCUAGUGGGGAAACCUUGCAGCCUGCUAAGGACCAGGUCAUGGGUUCGAGUCCCGGCAGAGUGAGUUUUUUUCUCACGAAAUAAAUUCUGGUCUAGGAUG